GCGCGCCCGCCCGCGCUGGCGCCGACCGGUCGCGCGCCAUCCCCCUCCCCGGCCUCUCUCCUGACUCCUAACGUGUCCGCCUCACCCCCCACCCGUCCGUCUCCCACCUCCUCGCCCUCCCUGAUGAUCUUUUCUCCUCCCCACGCCCCUCGCAUUAUAUCGCCGUGGUAGCUAGCUAGAAGCCAGCCGAGAACCUACCGGUGGUGCUGCUCCACUGCGUACGGAUCGAUCAUAUCGGGUUCUUGGUCAAGUGGGCUGCUGCUCGUGCAGUCGUGCUCGAUCGAGAUCGGCUGCAUGGUGUCCUCCGGUGACGACGUCGUCGAAGUCAGGGGCGGAGACAGGGGGCGAGCAGGGGCCCUAUGGUUCCCAAAUUUAUAUUGAACAUUUAAAUUUUAAUUAAUUUUUUAUAUAAAUUAGUAUGGUUGGCCUCCCCAAUAAUAAAAAAAAAUUCUUGACUCCGCCCCUGGUCGAAGUGGUACCGGAUCAGACAGUGGAGGUGGAGCAGUGGCCGGCCGGGGCACGCAACGGCGGUGCAAGCGGUUUGCUAGCGGCGGCGACCACGACGGUGGAAGGGAGCAUGACGACGGCGGCGACACGGCGCCCGACGACGCCGAUCACAACGAGGCGGUGGCGCCGCCCGAGCGCGAGCAGGCGGAGGCGGCCGCGGAGGUGCCGGCGUCAGAGGAGGAGCCAGCUGAGCCACAGCAGGAGACGCCGGUGGCGGAGGAGGAGGAGGUGGAGGUGGAGCUCGAGGCGGCGGCGGCGGCGGCCGCGGGAGAUCAGGAGAUGAGCAUGCGGGAGAGGCUGAAGCGGCACAGGCGGGAGAUGGCCGGGAGGGUGUGGGUACCCGAGAUGUGGCGGCAGGAGAAGCUGCUUAAGGACUGGGUGGACUGCGCCGUCUUCGACCGCCCGCUAGUGCCGACCGGCCUGCUCACGGCGCGCCGGGCGCUCAUCGCCGAGUGCUGCACGCGCCGCUCGGACCGGACGUCGCCGGCCUCCUCCGCCGGUUCCAGCCCGCUGCGGGUGCCCAACGGCUGCUCCAGCUGAUCGAGUGAUCCUUCUCUCUACCUUCCAUUAGCUAGCUAGCCCGGAUCAAUAAGCUUCUCUUCUCUUUUUACUAGCUCAAUAAGAGAUCCUUCUUGUUUCUUGAGUUGUGAGACGGUCUAGUCUCUCGUGUUUAAUUUCUGAAUUCUGAUCAUCACCAUGUAAAUUACAAACAAACUUGAUUAGCUUACCGCUAAUAACUAUCUGUUUAGAGUGAUCGAUGAACGAAAUGCAUACUUCUGUUUGUUGCU